GUCCAUCUGGGAAUUCACCCUUAUGGUUCAAAUAACCCGUUUCUGUGCUCUUGUAGCAGCUGUAACGCGCAGUCCAUCUUUAGGUAAGAACUGCGUAAAGCCCAUUCCAAUUCAGUAGCUCGCUUCCUCCUGUCGAAUGUACCCAGCAUAAUGCAAUGAGGACCGGGUACUGCUGUCACUGGUUUUGUGACAGUCACAAUCUCGAUUGCUGUAACUCUCUUCGGUUUUAAAUUGGAAGGUAAAGUAGGACUAAAUGUGUUUCUUAGAUGAUUUAUUGGAGGUUCGCGGUUUUCUUUUGCAGCCAACGCUUGCUCUCUAGACUAGCUAACGUCAGCAAUGGCAUGUGUCUCGGCAACAUAUGGUGGUAAUGCUGAAAAUUUGACAUAUUUAUUUAGCUGACAAUACUAACUUAACCUUCCAUUGAAAAUUAACCAACUGAGUACUGUAAUUUUACGAACACGUAAACUGUCAAAACCAACAAAAUACAACGAUGGACCAUGACUUGCCUGCAUGUUAUCUACGCUGUGAUUUUGCGGUCUCAAAAAACGAGCAUUUUUUUCUCGUAGUCAUCACACGAUGACUACAUUUAAUCGGUAGCAAAAUGCAAAAGCAGCCCUCGUCAACCUAUAUGUUUUUAUGACAAGUUUCACUUAAGGGAGUGUAGUCCCUUUUCCUUUGCUCCAGUUCUCAAACACUGACACAACAUUAUACGUGUUUCUCUAAGACCCAGUAGACAUCCUUGUUCGACUGUAAUCCCAAUGAUGUAGUACACCGAUCGCCAGUGACGUUUCUGCGGCCUCCGUACGCAGGAGUUGAAAGCAGCUUUGCUGAGUCGGGUGGUAAUCUUCAUUGUGGAGAAAAAAAAGAUGAACUGAAAGCGUCUUUAGCUGGACGCGUGUGGAUGAUAUCGAGCAUUGCUUCAUAACAUGUACCCCGAUCAGAGCGAGCCUGAUCUCGGUACGGGCAUAUCCGAUUUCCGAGGCCUGACUUGGCCGAAGCACCGCGAGUAGUGCGCCGGUAUGCAAAUACAAGUGCUUUAACUGUGUCCGUUGUAACUUUGCCUGGUGUCUGCAUUGGUGCGCUUGCGGGGCUUAUUAUUAUUGUUCUGUUGCAUCCGGUUCGAGUUUAACUAUUAUGUUAGCUAAUACGCGGGGGUUCUUGUGGUCAGACGUGGAAACCAGAGCCUUGCUGGACAUUUGGGGCGAGCAGGAUGUGCAGACGGCACUGGACGGAAACUUUCGGAACAGUCAUGUUUACCGCGACGUAGCUUGCAGGUUAGGAGAAAUGGGCUUCGAAAGGACGCCCGAACAGUGCAGGAUACGCGUGAAGAGUUUGAAAAGGCAAUACUACCAGGCGAAGGAAGGCACGAAGAAAAACGGACAAUACCACAAAAUCUGCAAGUUUUAUGACGAGAUGGAGAGGAUAUUGAGCAACAGACCUCACAUUGAUCCCCAGGACAUGAUCGAUAGUGCAGCCAUAGGGGACGAAACUAUGGACGGCACGGAAGAGGAAGGUGAGGGUAUCGAUCAUCCAUUGGAAGCCCACAUGGAGAGCACAGGGGAGUGCUCCUACGCAGAACACCCCGUCAAGUUAGAGUACCCAUCCUUCCCCAUACCGGUGACGGUAGGGAACAGUACAGCGCCACGGCAGAACAACAUCCAGAGCACUAGUGGCCUGUCAGCUGGCAGGCCCAAGAGGUCCAAGAAGCGCUACACAAACCUGUCCCUGGAUAAGCUGAUGGAGAGGUUUUUGGAGCAGAGCAUGGAGGCGGAGGAGAACUUCUACAAGUACGAGGAGCAGCGCCUGCGCCUGGAGGAACGGCGGCGUGAGGCCGAGCACUCCCGCGAGCUCCACAUGCUCCAGGUGUUGGGCCAGAUGUUUGCCGGGAUCGGUGGCUCGGCGGCCCCGCCAGCGGCUGCGCAUCCCCCUCAGACGGGCCCCCCCAUGCCCCCUAUGUACCCCCCCACGCACAGUCACCCCCACACUGCCGAACAGCCCAACCACAGCCUGGCAUCUAAUCCACUCCAUCCACUAGUUAUCGAGCGCUCCUUCUCCCUUGGUGGCACUGUGCAGAGGAGCAUGGACAUCCUUCCGCUGGUGAGGAAUAUCGUCCCCCCUCUGACCUCCAAAAAACACAAGGGUCAGGAUGGGCGUAUCGGGAUCAUCGGGGGGUGCCAGGAAUACACCGGAGCGCCAUAUUUUGCAGCGAUCACGGCUCUCAAAGUGGGGGCGGACCUGUCCCAUGUAUUCUGUACCAAAGAUGCUGCCACUGUCAUCAAGUCCUACAGUCCUGAGCUGAUAGUGCACCCAGUGCUAGACAGUCCCAAUGCCCUGGAGGAGGUGGAUAAGUGGCUGCCCAGGCUCCACAGCAUUGUAGUUGGACCCGGGUUGGGGCGAGACGAUAAGCUUCUUAAAAACGCUAAGGACAUUAUAGAAAAAUCCAAAACACAAGAUAUUCCUAUAAUUAUUGACGCAGACGGACUUUGGCUCAUUGCCCGGCAACCAUCCAUCAUCCAGGGUUACCAGAAGGGCAUUCUCACGCCCAAUUUCAUGGAGUUCAGUCGGCUGUAUGAAGCGGUGCAUCAUGAACCCCUGGACAGUAGGGACAAUCAGAGGAGUGUGGCACAGCUGAGCUCAGCCCUGGGGAACCUGACGGUGGUGCUGAAGGGGGAGGAGGACAUCAUCACCGACGGCAACAAGGUGAUGGUGUGCAGUCAGGAGGGCAGUGGGCGCAGGUGUGGGGGACAGGGUGACCUCCUGUCAGGAUCUCUGGGGGUGCUGGCACAUUGGGCCCUUGCGUCCACAGCAGACAGCACAAAAGGUGUGAACCCCUCCCUGGUGGCGGCAUUUGGGGCGUGCGCUCUGACAAGGCAGUGCAACCGGCAGGCCUUCCACAAGCAUGGCCGCGCGACCACAACCUCUGACAUGAUCCAGGAGAUCAGCUCCGCCUUCAAAACACUGUAUGAGAGCUGAGCACAGGACAGCGCGGAUGGUGUGGACUCCAACCUCUUCCAGCCACCGUAGCUCAGCACGCGCUCUGCUCCUGCCUAUCACUGUCAGCCCAGGGACAGAGAGCAGACACAGACGUGCUGAAACCGUUAAACUUCUCAAGACCCUUUAGCUGUAGACUUUGUAAACCUCACAGAGAAUCUUAAAACUAAGAACAGGAAAACUGCAAAGGUUUUGUAACAGGAACAAAUCUGAAUUGCAGAAUCAGUUUUGGAAGUAAAUAACUUUGAUGAUCAGUUUCGGGCUUCCUUCAUACUGUUUUUCCCCCCCAAAAGGAAGUGCAGUCUACUGUAACAGUGAACCUGUUGUAGAAGGUCGUAUUCUUUUCACACUGGAGUGACUGUUUCAAAAUGUUUUGAAGUGCCUCAUGCUUUUGCAACCAAUGGCAACCUGCAUUACACACCAUUUGAGAGUACAUUCAGGUGCAUUUGAUCAACCACAAAUUUAUCAGAUCAAAUGGAUUGUCCCCCAGAUAAGCUGAGCUGUCAGCAUCACUCCUUCCAUGUUAACCACCCCUCAUAGAGUGCGUCUUACGCGGUGACUGUCACUCAUCGCCCCCUCAGCUUCUAGACGGAAUAAGUCUUCCACACAAAUAUUGGGUGAUUGGAAGGUGAGCAGCACACAGUCUGUGGCAUUAUGGGUAAUUUCUUCCAGUCCUUCCAAUUUACAGUAGCUGUGACAAUCAUGCUGUUAAACCUUUGCAGUUGUCCUCUCAAAUGAGCAAAGGAAAUGUACAUUAAGUAGCAUAGCACUGUGUAACAAUCCCCACCGCCUUUUCGUUAACCUAUU